AUGCCUGUCUUCUACUCACCUGUACCAGAGAAUAUACACAUGGGGCUGGCCUAUAUGGGCAGCUCAGUGUUCACCAACAACAGAACUGCAGACAGUGAUUACCCCAGGGAGCAAGAGGACACAUUUGGGAAUGAACUGGUGUCUCAUCUUCCUCUCCAAAUGCUCCUCUACUUCAACAUGUUCUACUUCCCAUGUUGGUGGUUCUCCGCAGUCUUCAUGUUGGACGCGAAGUAUGAGCUUCUGGCUGACUAUUAUCAGGGGCUGCUGAUAACUGGGAUAGUUCUGCUCACUAUUGUAGAAGUGACCCGACUGUAUCUGGGCUACGUGGGAAACCUGAAGGAAAAGGUCCCUGAGCUGGCUGCCUUCUGGGUGCUGUCCUUCACCUUCCCUGUGCCUGUGCUGCUCUUCUUCCUCACUGAUGAAGAUACUCUGAUCCUUCCUUUAGAGAGAGCCACUCACUCCCUGUACUUGUUGUUUGUGGUGGCAGAGCUGAUGGCGUCUUUCUUGGCCCUGCGCACUAUGACCCGCAAACUGCUUCUGCUUUUCCACCUCCGGCAGCUGGGCAGAGUGGAGAGUCUGAGCCCUGUGUAUGGCCUGGCCCUACCCUACCACCGGGGGGCGCUCACUGUGACGCCGAUACACCACAUGUACCACUAG